AGCCCCACUGGAACCGGAAGGGAAACGCGCGAAACCACACAUCCCACCCGGCCCAGUCCAAGCCCCCGCCUCGCAGGCGCGGACGCAACCCUCCCCCUCCCCUGCUGCCUCCGCCUAGGGUUCCGGCGAUGGCGCACGGCGGCUAUCCCCGCCGCGGCGCCGCCGUCCGCCGCCCCAAGUCCUCGGCCUCCGCCGCCGCUGCCGACCGCAAGCGUAAGCGGGCUGCCGCCUCCAAAACCUCCACCCUCAAGAACCAGAUCCGAUCCACUGAGCGCUUCCUCCGCAAGGACCUUCCUAAUGACAUUAGGGUUGCUCAAGAGAAGAAAUUGGAAGAUCUGAAGAGGCAGCAAGAGCUUCAGAAUGAACUGGCUGUUCAACGAACAGUACAGUUGAGAGACAGAAAGAUAAAAUUCUUUGAGAGGCGAAAGAUUGAGAGGAUGAUAAGGCGCCUUGAGAAGCAGCAACGUUCAAAUGCUGAUGAUGUCGGCAAUAAGCUGUCAAAAUUACGAGAAGAUCUUGAAUAUGUUAGAUUUUUCCCAAAGAAUGAGAAAUAUGUAUCGUUGUUUGCUGGAGGGAAUAACCUGGAUAUUGUUGAGAAGAGGAACAAGUGGCGUAAACAGAUCAAAGAAAAUCUCAUGGCUGCUGCAGCGAACGGAAAAGAUUUAGAAGAGACAGCAAGCGACGAUGAUACCUUGGAUGUGAGUGAUGAUGAUUUCUUUAUGUCUGGAAGUUCAAGUGAUGAAGAGGCUGAUGAUGAGUGGACUGAUAAAAGUGCUAAAGAACCAGCUUCCAGUGCUUCAGGUAGGGCAGCAUCUGGCAUGUCAAGCGAUGAAAAGAACCAGCGUCAGAGAGAUGCUCGAGUUCUUAUGCCACCACCUCGCUCAUUAGCACCAAAUAGAGCUAGAUCUGCAAAUAAACAUGUGAUAUACAGCUCAAGCAAUACUUCAAACAGCACAAGCGGUGACUCGGUCAAAAAUAGAAGAGUACCAAAUCAUCCUGGAGAUCAUAACAGCAAUCUGAGUUCAAAUUCUGAUGCUCAUAAACCACGUCGCAAAAGGAGGCCUAAGAAGAAAAAGAAGCUGGCAUGAAUAUUCCGAAGCCUGUGAAUCGUGGGGCGGAGAUUCCCAGCAAAGGUUGACUUUCGACCUGGUUAAUUUGGAAAGCAAAAACAAAGCAUGUGUGCCUGAGCAAGUUGAUGAUUUCGUAUGCUCUCUCCUGGUGUAAAAUGACUCUGCAUCCAUUUACAGUGCCUAGAGCUCGCCAGUCGAACGAAUGUUUGCUCAUUUUUCUCUUGAAAUUAUGUUACUGGAAAAAGGUGGAAUAGUGACAGAUCCAUGAAUUGGUUGUCUGCUGCCAGCCUCUGAGAUUUCAUGACCUGGAUGCAUGAUACGUAUGUUUCGUUGUC